AUGUGUGGACGAUACGCUUUGGGCGUGCGCUUGGCGUACAUCCGACAACGUAUGCAAGAGCAAGGCAUGCAAGUGGAUGAAGCGCCAGACGACGAUGCGGUCAGAGAAACAUAUAACUUUGCACCCGGCAAUUUCGGCGUUGUCUAUCGCGCUGAUAUCACAGAGAAAAGGAGCUACGAUGCUCAGCAAGAUGCUGAAAGCGAGCACCCAAACAAAGGUUUAGAAAAGGGGAAAGAUGAUGUGGGUUCGGAUGUUAAUCCAGCAGACAAAGACAACACGGUUAUCAAAUACAAGCUUCAGAGCAUGAAAUGGGGUCUCAUCCCAUUCUGGACGAAGCGUCAGCCGGAUUACGGAUCCAUGAUGCGAACGAUUAACUGUCGCGAUGACUCGUUGAUUGAAGAUUCUGGCAUGUGGACUACCAUGAAGCGACGAAAGAGGUGCAUUGUCAUAUGCCAGGGCUUUUACGAAUGGCUGAAGAAGGGGCCUGGGGGCAAAGACAAGGUUCCACACUUUGUCCGGCGCAAAGAUGGGGGGCUAAUGUGCUUCGCUGGAUUAUGGGACUGUUCUGACGAAAAGCUCUACACAUACACAGUGAUCACGACCUCUUCUAAUUCCUACCUGAAAUUCCUGCAUGAACGUAUGCCCGUAAUUCUGGACCCUGGGAGUGAAGCGAUGAAUAAAUGGCUGGACCCCGCCCGAAAUACCUGGUCAAAGGAGCUACAAUCAAUUCUCAAGCCCUAUGAGGGCGAACUGGAGUGUUAUCCUGUCCCCAAGGAGGUUGGGAAAGUUGGAAAUAAUUCCCCGAACUUUAUUGUUCCUGUCGACAGCAAGGAAAACAAAAGCAACAUCGCAAAUUUCUUCGCCAAUGUGAAAACAAAGGAGGAUCAAGACCCCUCUCUAAAGAAGGAGAUGACGUCGCCGAAAGUGAAAAUGGUUAAAGACGAAGACCGCCGCCCUACUAUAGAUUCGGAAUCGACCGAGGACAAUGCCCCAAAGCCGGGACCAGCUGUCAAAAGGGAGCAUAGUACAGAAGCUUCUGAUACCACAGAGGAAACUAAGAAGCGAAAGGUCAAUUCAGAUUCGACGGGGCCAUCGCCGCAAAAGAAGAAGUUACGCAGUGCGACCCAUAAUAGCCCUAUGAAGAAGUCCAGCGGGGCGAAGGCAACAGAUGGAUCGCAGCGAAUUACAAGUUUCUUCAAGAAGUGA